GAAGUCUUUAUUUGCAGAACUGAGGGAGGUUUAACUACCUUGAUUGAGAAAAUAAAUUUUUAAAUACUGUAUCAUUACCCUUCAAGAGUACUGGCUCGGGCAUUUCCAAACCACAACUGCAUUAUUGUGUCCUAUUUGUAAUAUCUCAAUCAAAGAAUUGAACUUCAUUUUAUGCAUAUUCUUGUUGGGAAGUUGUAUUCUUGCUUCUUCAGAUUGUGAAGUUUUGCUCGUGAUCUACGAAAUUUGAGGCCGAUCCAUAAGUUGAUCAAGUUGUUGUUCUAAAGUCAAGGUUGUUCAGCAAUUAAAGCAUGGCUGAGAACAGUGAAUUACAACCAGCCCAAAGCAACCCAAAGAUACCAUUCUUUGUUUUCUUUAAAGAUGCAAGAAAUGUUUUCAAGAUGGACUCACUUGGUCGGGAGAUACUACAGAUUGCGUUUCCUGCUGCACUAGCUUUAGCUGCUGACCCAGUUGCUUCUCUCAUUGACACGGCAUUCAUUGGUCAUUUAGGACCUGUGGAGCUAGCUGCUGUAGGAGUUUCUAUUGCCAUAUUCAAUCAAGCUUCAAGGGUGACCGUAUUCCCACUGGUCAGUAUAACAACUUCUUUUGUUGCUGAGGAUGACACCAUUGCUAGAAUUAAUGAUAAAGCACCGCAAGUUGAGAACUUUGAGAAGGGUUCGGUUAAGUCUGUUGAGAUGAAAGAGGUGAUGCCUGUCAUGCUGGAAAAGUUGGAAGAAGGUGCAGCUACAAGCAGUGAAACAAAAGACUCAAUGCCAGAGGAUGAUUCAAAGGUGGUUAUGUGCAAGUCUCCAUCUGUUAUCGAUAACAAAACUAGCAAGCUUAAAUCCAGUAAGAAGCGACAUAUACCCUCUGCAUCCACAGCACUUGUUAUUGGUGGAAUUCUUGGUCUGUUGCAAGCAAUUUUCCUUAUAUUUGGGGCAAAAACUCUCUUAUCCCUCAUGGGUGUAAAAUCUGGUUCUCCUAUGCUAACCCCUGCACAGAAGUACUUGACAUUAAGAUCACUCGGAGCUCCUGCAGUUCUCCUCUCUUUGGCCAUGCAAGGGGUCUUUCGAGGGUUUAAGGAUACAAAAACUCCUUUAUACGCCACUGUUGCUGGAGAUCUAGCAAAUAUCAUUCUGGAUCCAAUAUUUAUCUUUGUUUGUCGCUUGGGUGUCAGUGGUGCAGCCAUUGCACAUGUUCUUUCUCAGUACUUGAUUUCGUUGAUCCUCUUGUUGAGGUUGAUGAAAGAUGUUGACCUCUUACCUCCUAGCAUGAAGGAAUUGCAGUUUGGUCGGUUUCUCAAAAAUGGUGUACUGUUGUUAGUAAGAGUAAUAGCUGUGACAAUCUGUGUGACCUUGGCAGCAUCAAUGGCUGCAAGGCUUGGUUCAACACCUAUGGCUGCUUUCCAGAUUUGCUUGCAGGUCUGGUUGACAUCAUCACUUCUGGCUGAUGGUUUGGCUGUUGCUGGACAGGCAAUUUUGGCCAGUGCAUUUGCUGAGAAGGACUAUGAAAAGGUGACAGCUGUUGCCUCCCGUGUGUUACAGAUGAGUUUUGUUCUGGGUAUAGGGCUUGCUCUCUUUGUCGGAGUUGGUUUACACUUUGGAGGCGGAAUCUUUUCCAAAGACGUUAAUGUUCUGCAUCUUAUAGGCAUAGGCAUCCCGUUUGUCGCAGCUACACAACCACUCAAUUCAAUAGCUUUUGUCUUUGAUGGAGUGAAUUUUGGAGCUUCUGACUAUAUAUAUUCUGCAUACUCCAUGGUUCUUGUGGCCAUAGCGAGCAUUGCAUCUUUAUUUGUUCUCUCUAAAAGCGACGGAUUUGUUGGAAUCUGGAUUGCUUUGACUAUCUAUAUGGGACUGCGUACAUUUGUUGGGGUGUGGAGGAUGGGAACUGGAACUGGACCUUGGCGCUUUCUUAGAGGUCGAUUUUUGUCAGAGAAUGUGUAACUUGAAGAAUUUCUGUACCAUAGUGAUAAAAACUCUGCUACCACUAGUGCCAUAUCUUUUUGGCUUUGGAUGUGAUAUUUGAUACCCUAUUAAAUAAUACUUUCUUUAAGGUCUCUUCAUAUGUUUGAUGGAUGUACUAAUGAUAUGCUAGUAGUUGCUUUCGUAUGUUUUUGGUUUAAUU